GACGCCGCGAUACUCACUCACACAAGUCGGAGGCGAGAAGCGUUUUGUUUCUUAUUUUCCCCUUUCAGUUGUGUGCGCUUAUUGUUUGUCCGCUCGGUUGUUGUCCCUCAGCUGUGUUACCGUCUACCACACACACACAGAGACAGACACACACUCUCUCUGACAGAGUCGCUGCACGGCUCUUCAGCGCUCUCCCCUCACGCGGCGCUAUUUUGACAGUCGGGGUCGCAGUGAACCGAGUCAAGCUAGCAGCACCAUUACAUUAGCAUCGAUAGACCUUGACGGGAUUUUUCCACCCGGACACCGAGACCCACGGCCAGCGACACGCUCCAACCCGAGAGCUAAGGCUUGCUAUGGACGUUGCUUUGCCCCCUGCUGCAGCCCUGACCAGUGCCCUACCUUAGUGGGUUCCCCUCUUAUUCCUGUGUGUGGUUCCCAUCCAGACUCACUGUACAGAAUCCAGCACAGAUCUGGUACCACCUACAGCCACUCCUGGGUCCUCCACCCAACCCCCUCCCCUACUCCCACCCUCCCCCCUCCCCUAAGAAGAUGUCGGUGAGCCUGACAACAGACAUCAAGCAGGAGGGAGAGAGUGGGCUUCUCAUCGAGCCCUGCAGUCGAGGCAAGACCUCCCCUCAACCACAGGGCACUAAGGAGGGGACAGGGGAGGGCCUGGAGCCCGAGGAUAGCUCCUUACAGGAUGCACAGAAACGAGGUCCUAACCAUAGCCAUGGCAGGAAAAGGCCCAAGUCUAAUGCCAAACUGAAGCUGGUACGGAGUCUGGCAGUGUGUGAGGAGUCCUCUGGUCCAUUCUCCAUUGAUGGAACUCCAGAAUCGGAUAUCAUCCAGCUUCACAUCAGCUGUCCAUCAGACAAGGAGGAGGAGAAGUCAUCAAAGGAUGAAUAUGAAAAUGAUGAGAAGGAGAAGAAGGACAAGACUCCACGAAAGAUGCUCUCACGUGACUCCAGUCAGGAAUACACCGAUUCCACGGGCAUUGAUGUUCACGAGUUUCUGGUCAACACACUGAAAAACAACCCCAGGGAUCGAAUGAUGCUGCUCAAACUAGAACAAGAUAUCCUGGAGUUCAUUAAUGACGACAAUAACCAGUAUAAGAAGUUUCCACAGAUGACGUCUUAUCACCGUAUGCUGUUGCACCGUGUGGCUGCCUACUUCGGCAUGGACCACAAUGUGGAUCAGACUGGCAAGGCUGUCAUCAUCAACAAGACGGGCAACACACGCAUCCCUGAGCAAAGGUUCUCUGAACACAUCAAGGAUGAGCGUAAUGUGGACUUUCAGAAGAAAUUCAUCCUGAAGAGAGAUGAUGCCAGCAUGGACAAGGAUGAUAAUCAGAUCCGUGUGCCAUUGCAGGACGGGCGGCGUAGCAAGUCAAUUGAAGAGCGGGAAGAGGAGUAUCAGCGAGUACGAGACAGGAUCUUUGCUCGAGAAGUGUCCUAUUUUUUACAGUCUUCUCAAAAUGGAUACAUCAACGACAGCAGAGGGAAUCGUGAGAGCUCCAGUCGGGCAUCUAGCAGUCGUCAAAGCAGCACAGACAGUGACAUGAAAUGCCUGGAGCCACGGCCCUGGAGCAGCACUGACUCAGAAAGCUCCAACCGCACCCUCCGGCCACCCGUCACUAAGGCCAGCAGCUUCUCUGGCAUAUCCAUUCUCACCAGAGGGGAUAGCCUCGGCAGCAACAAAGGAUCACAGGGGAGCUGCAAAGGCUCUCGAUCUGGCCUGUCCCUAGUCAGUCCUGAUGUGUGUCCCCCACCCGCAGCCUCCCAGUCCAGCCGUAGCCUGCUUCCCUGCCCAUCACAGCAGCCACAGCCCCAGGUUCAGCCUCAGACUGCCCUGCUGCCCACCCCACAGCAACACCCCAUGGGAAACCACAUGAUCGCUCAGCCGGUGGUAUCUCUGCAGCCCUCUCAGCCUGUCUCCUACUCCAGCCCUUCCUGCCCCCAGGUUCUCCUGCCAGUUUCUCCUCCCCAGCAGUACACAAUGGGAGAAGAGCUGGCGCCCCAGUUCAACCAGAUGACGCUGAGUCGGCAGGGGUCCAGUGAGAACCCUGAGCCUCAAACUAUGUAUCAGGCUGCUCCCACGGUGCUGUCCCAGCACCCCCCUCCACAGACCGGCUACAUCAUGGCAACCACAGGCCAGCCUAUGCAGCCUCCGUCUGGGUACCAGCCUGCAACUGGACACCCUCAUCCUCCACCUCCACCACCCCCCCCAUCGCAGUCUGUAAUGCAGGCUCCACCUCCCCCACAAGGCUACAUGCAGCCCCCUCCACCGCAACAGAUACAGGUGUCGUACUAUCCUCCUGGUCAGUAUCCCAGCUCAGGCCAGCAGUACCGUGUGCCCCAGCCCAUGUCUCACCAGGUGUCUUAUCCUGCCCAGCGCACACAACCUAUGCCUCAGCCCACACAGCAGUCAGGUAUCCAGACGAUGAUGCCCAGCCAGCAGCCAAGCUACCAGGGCAUGAUGGGUGUGCAGCAGCCCCAAAACCCUGGUCUGCUCAAUUCCCAGAGGGCAGGCAUGGGAGGACAAAUGCAAAGCAUAAUGGUCCAGUACCCACAGAUGCCAUCAUAUCAGGUGCCUGUGGGAAAUGAAAAUCAGCAGGUGGUGCAGCAGCAGUACCAGCAGCAGGUGAUGGUACCAGUCAGCCAGUCUGUGCAGGGGCCCAUGCCUGUCUACUACAGUGUUAUCACCCCCACACAGCAGAAUAGCACAAGCCCGUCUGUGGGUUAUCUGCAGCCCAGCAAUGAACAGUAUCAAAUCACACAGUCACCAUCCCCCUGCAACCCCCAGCAGUUGCAGCAGCAAUAUUCAGGAGUUCCCCCUCCUGGGCCUGGGGUGAUGGUCAUGCAGCUCAGCGUCCCCAAUGGACCACAGCCUUCCCAGAAUCCUCCACUGGUUCAGUGGAACCCAUGCAAGUACUACAGUAUAGAGCAGAGACCCAGCAAGCCAGGAGAGCUCUACAAGCCGGACAACACUCCACAGGCCAGUACCCAGCUGCCAAGUCCCCUGGCCUCCCCCACUCAGUCGCCCACCCCAUCUCCCUCUGGCAGUGUCAGCAGCGUCUGUCAAGGCCUCGGACCAUUACCCCUCAUUUCCCAGUUUCCCCGGCCAGGAGGACCAGCCCAAGGAGAUGGACGCUACUCUCUGUUGGGGCAGCCUCUCCAGUACAGCCUUUGUCCGCCUGGCCUCAUACAUGGCCAGUCCUCCUACAGCUCCCAUCAGGGCCAAGGAGUAAUGAAACACGGGUCAAGAGGAAAAAAACAACCACUCAAAUCUGCAUCAACAGAUCUUGGCACCACUGAUGUUGUGGUGAGUCGAGUACUCGAGGUAACGGACCUGCCGGAGGGGAUUUCACGCCCAGAGGCUGAAAAGCUCUUCAACCAGCUGUCAAUGUGCGGUGCCAAGAUCCAGUGGCUGAAGGAGCCCCAGGGAGGCCGCGGGGGAGCGGGGGGCUGCGGCCCCUGUCCCGGCGCAGGGCCUUCCAGUAGGGGAGCGAAGUGCGACGGCCACGACCCAGCUCACCUCUACACAGUAGUGGCAGUGUUUCCCAGCACCAUGGCCGCCCAGAGUGCUUCCUUCAAACUCAACAACAGCGGGGCCAGCCUCUUCAAACUGAGGGCCGCCAAAAAGAACUAUGACCUGCGCGUGCUGGAGAGAGCCAGUUCUCAGUGAAGGAAAACGAGAGUGGGAGGAGAGAAGGAAAGUGACAGAGACAGAAAGAAAGAGAGACUCUUGGUGGAUUGGUGGAAAAGGAAGGUGGACUGAGGGGGACUGCUCGAGGUGUACAAUUCAAAAACGAGAAAAGAAAAAAAAACUUGAGUUAAACUUAUAAAAGGGAAGAAGGUGUGAAUCAGGAGGUGGCUGGUGAUCGGUUGCAAUUAUGAUUUUGUCGUUUGUUUUUAUUCAUUGUUUUUGUUUUGUAUUUAUAAAGCAGAAGAGCACACAAGACACGUGAGCAUGUGUUUCACUGUUGCCGUGGACUGUGUGCAGCCAUUAUACAAUAACAUGCAAUGACACACACACACAUCCCAGGAGACAGACACACAAACACAGGCAACAGGGUCACGUAGCACAUAACAAAUACACACUGGACAGUCGACCUCAGUCAAACCUUUUCCUCCUCUUCCUCCUCACCCCCUCUGCUCUCCAACCCUUCGUCCCUUUUCUGCCUCCACUUUCUCUCCUCCCUUCACUCUCCAUCAACCAGCCGUCUGCUAAUCUCACAUAUUUAUAAAUUUUUCAUACGCACAGUUGCGCUCGCUCGCUCUCUCUCCUUCUCUCUCUUUCUCCCCCCCUCCCUCUCUCGCCCCUCCCUCCCUGCUCCCUCUUUUCUUGCCAUGUCUCAUAUCUCCGCUCCUGGCCCUCUCAUGUUCUCUCUGCUCUCUCUCCUCUCUUGCUUUCUGUUUGCCUUACUGCUGUUGUGGGUUUCUGUAUUGCGCUGUUUUCUGUUUUUUUUCUGAGAUUUUUUUUCCUUUUUUGGGGUUCAAUAUAUUUAUAUAAGUGAUGUAAGGAAUAAAAUAAAUCUAUAUAUUCAGUGAUUUUUUUCUUUCUUUCCCUGAGUGACAAAAGUUUAGGCCUUCCUUUUAUCCUUUACUCCUCCCCUCCUCUUCAUCCCCUUCUCUUCCCCUUCUGCCCUCUACCUCACUUCCUCUGUCCUCAAUCCCCCCCCCUCGCUCCACCCCGACGCCCCACUGUGUUUGCGUUUUUUUGUUGACAGCUGUGCAGAACGUAUCAGAAGAAGUAGUGUAAGUGCACAAUGAUUGCAUAUGUCUACUGUAAAUUUUAUUUAAUCUGUUAUUUUUUGUUUGUUUUUAAAAAUAUAAAAGUCGAGAAAAAAAAUCUAUCAAAAACA